CUUCACUGAUUUAUAUUUGUCCAAACUUUAAAAUACUCUCUCUCACACACACACAGUUUGAACUCUGCUUUCUCUCUCUAGAAGGUUGAACUCCACACGAAUUUCUUCUUCAAUCUCUCUCUAGAAAGCGGUAAACCCUAAAUUGCUGCUUUAGAUAUGAGUUUUUAUCUUCAAUUGCUUUAGAUUUGAGUUCAUUUUGGUUCAAAUGUUUGUGAAUUUACUCUUUUUUUGGUUAAAAUUCCAAGUUUAUAGCUGAAAAAUGAGUUAGAAAAAAGAAGAAACUUAAUUUUUAAUGAAAUUUGGAAUUUUUUUUUUUUUUUGGUUCAAUUGCUUUCCGAAAUUUAAAAAGUAGUUCAAAUGUUUGUGAAAUUUACUCUCUCCGAUCCUCUUUUUGCUAUUUUUCUCUCUCUUUUUUUUUUUUUUUUUUUUGAUUCUGUAAUUUCUACUGUAAAAUGAGUAAGAAAAAAAAAGGAAUUAACUAUUUAGUUAAUUUUGGUUAAUUUCUACAAUGUGUUUGUAACAGUGACUACAAUGUGUUUGUAAAAAUUUGUGUGUGAAAUUUACUCUCUCCGAUCCUCUUUUUGCUAUGAGAUCAAAUACUUGUUAUUUUGUUGUGGUAAUUGAUAAGUAGAAAAAUUGUCUACAAUGUGUUUGUAAAAAUUCUAAACUGAACUCUAUUUUGGUUAGCAUAAUGUAUUUUUAGGAAUCCGCGACUUUUGUAGCGUAAAAAAAAAAAAGGUUGAACCAAACUAGUGCAAAAAAAAAAAAAAAUUACUAAGUUUCACGCACUAAAUUAGUGCGUGAAAGGACCAAAUUGCACAAAUGCAACUUGGGCCUUUCACGCACUAAUUUCGUGCGUGAAAGGACCAAAUUGCAAAAAUGCAACUUGGGUCUUUCACGCACGAAUUUAGUGCGUGAAGGAGGGCAACAAAAAGCCGCCCCCUCCUUCCCCACCACAGACCCGACAAUGACGUCCCCACCCGCCAUUAACGGCGAUUUCAGGUGGUCCCCAACCCCCAAAACGCUAUUUUCUUGUUGUUUUUCAAUCCAAAACUCAAUAUUCUUGGUAUAUUGAAGUGUAGGAACAAGUUUCUAAGGUUAGAUUUUGGAAUAGAGCGGCGCGGAGGUCAUUUUGAAAACUCAAAAAAACCUUCAGUCUAGAUGGAUCACCACCCUCUUGAUCCGGGGCCCUUCGACCCAGAGUUACUGUAUCUUCAGCCCGAGCAUAGGUCGCAACAUAUAUGGACAUCCGACCUGCAGCUUGAGUCUCAGGUCCGUACCCGGUUAGGGGACUCAGCAUGGAAGAUCUUAGCUGCUCGCCCCCCACAUCCUCGUGUCCUGGAUAUACUACGUCGGGGCGGUAUCUAUCGGUGCGUCGAAGUUGGUCGAGUACAACACGAUAGGUCGCUAGUGACGGCAUUGAUUGAGAGGUGGCGACCGGAGACGCACACAUUUCAUCUCCGCACCGGUGAGGCUACCAUUACCCUUCAGGAUGUGGAGGUCAUUUAUGGGCUACAGGUUGAUGGACGCCCAUUGUAUAUUGAAGAGCCUCAUGUGCUGCCGCCUUACCGGGAUGAGUUGACUAGGCUCACCGGUUUCGCGGCUCUGGAUGGUCACAUUUCCGGCCAGAGUCGGCUUUUGUUGUCGGCCCUUUACGCUCACUUGCGCCUCACAGACAUGCAGCAUCCGAUUGGAGAGGACACGCUUCAGGCUGAUGUUGACCGACGUGCGCGUCUAUACCUACUCAUCAUAUUCGGGGCCAUCCUAUUCCCGAACACUUCGGGUUCGCAUUUGAGCUUGAGGUAUCUUCGGUAUAUCGACGAUCUCGCCGAGAUAGGAUGUUAUAGUUGGGGCGCUGCUGUGCUGGGCUACAUGUAUCGAGGAUUAUGCCGAUGUUCUAUGGGCACGAGGGUAGAGGUCCCUGCAUUUUGCUCGCUCCUUCAAAUAUGGGUGUGGACUAGGUUGAGACUUUUUCAGCCCAUACCAGCUCACCCUCCCGCUGACUAUCUUACUGUGCCGAUGCCAUAUGCGCGGAGAUGGUCGCGAGGCGUACGCCGACGUGCGGGGACGCAUCACAGCCUUCUCCCGUUUAGGGAUCAGCUAGACCGCAUGACGGCGCAGUCGGCUUUUAUAUGGACGCCGUAUGAUCAUAUUUUGGAUGAGCUGCCGGCGUUUUGUAGGGCUGGUCAGCACAUGUGGAUGUCGCGGUGUCCAUUGAUACAUAUGGAUAUCGUUGAGUAUCACGCGCCCGACCGCGUGUUACGGCAGUUUGGGUAUGUACAGAAUAUACCCGCGGCUACGGUUUGGGAGCAUGACCACUAUGCGAGGGACGAGCGUGCGGGCGUCGAUGAUGCAUGGCGACUCUAUAUGCAGCAGCAGGUCCAGAGUUGGGAUGUGAGGAUGACGAGCCUAGCGAUGGUCGGACAUGACACUCCGAUCCAUGUGUACAUGGAGUGGUAUAUGCGGAUCACUCGCAUCAUUAUUGGCAACCCCUCUAGGCGUCGUCCAGAUGGCCUGGGAUAUGUAGCUCUCGCAGGAGCGUACGAGGCGUUGGUACGGACCGUUCAGACGAUGCGCUAUGAGAGCACUGCCCGUACGGAGGCCCCCGAGACGGCGGAGUAUGCAGCACGGAUGAUUGAGCUUGCCGAGACUGGUAUGAGACAGGCACAUGACUUUGAGCGUCUCCAUGAGCGUGUUCCCGCUGCCCCACCGCCCACCGUCAUUUCCCAUAGAAAGCAUGUUAUGAACCAGGGUCCGGGUCGAAAGAAGGGAAGGAAGGGAAGCAAGGAUGAUCAUGUCAUAGAGCAUGUACAGAUUAAGAGGAGGAAGGGGGAUGGAAAUGAUGGUGGUGGUGGUGGUGGGGUUAGCCUUAGGCCUAACCGAACUUUAAAGGCUCCCACUUGUGGGACCUGAGAUUGUGAAUGUUGUAAAUAAAGUGUACAUUUUAUG